AGGCGCUGACUGUCACCGGCGCAACAUUUGAACUCGUGUGAAGUUGUAAUAAACUCACAAUUGAUAUUAAAUUUAAAUAAUGAUUUUCAAAAGCCCAUCAUAGAAGUAAAAUUAGCUGCAGCCAAUUAGCGGUUUAUUGUAAUACUAGUUCUCUAUACAGCGCAAACAUGGCGCCGGUGAUCAACCUGAACAAGCCCCGGUACGACCAGAGCACGUACAUCGGCCGCGCCAAACACUUCAUGCUGCUCACCAACCCGCUCAACUGCCUCGCUUCGGACAAGGAGCUCGAUGAGGCCAAAGAGAUUGUCAAUAACUUCAAAAAAUCUGGUCGAAUGCCACCAGGCUAUGACGAGGAAAAGCUGUGGAGAACUAAGUACUUGUACGACAGUGCUUUCCACCCGGACACUGGGGAGAAAAUGAUGACCAUCGGGAGAAUGUCUGCGCAGGCACCGAUGAAUACUUUAAUUACAGGAGGAAUGAUAACGUUCUACAAAUCGACUGCGGCGACCAUCUUUUGGCAAUGGAUCAAUCAGACGUUCAACGCAGUCGUCAACUACACAAACCGCUCAGGCGACGCACCUAUGCCCACAUCGCAGUUAGUAGCAUCAUACUGCGGGGCGUGUGGUGGAGCCCUAGGCACCGCGUUGUAUCUAAAUAGCAAAGUUAAGAACAUGUCUCCAGUAUUCGCUCGGCUAGUGCCAUUCGCGGCAGUGUGCGGCGCCAACUUCAUCAACAUUCCUAUGAUGAGGAGCGGCGAGCUGAUAAACGGCACGCCCAUCUUCACGUCGGACGGGCAGCGGGUGGGCAACUCCAAGGUGGCCGCCAGGACCGGGAUCAGCCUCGUCGUCAUCUCCAGGGUCAUCAUGGCGAUGCCGGGAAUGACUCUGUGCCCCAUAGUGACGAACGCGGCGGUGCGUCGCGGCUGGUUCUGCCACCGGCCCAUGAUGGUGAUCCCGUUCCAGCUGUUCCUGGUCGGGCUCUGUGUCACGUUCGCGACGCCGCUCUGCUGCGCUCUGUUCUCGCAGACCGCGUCCAUCAGCGUCGACAGUCUAGAGCCGGAAUUGAAGGAGUUGGCCAAGAAAAAAUUCUCAAGAUACAAGGAGUUCUACUACAACAAAGGAUUGUAAGCCAUUGGACGAGCUUGAGAACACAGUAGAAUUAAGAAACUUUGUUGUGAGUCAUGUAGCGAAGUAUUUAUUUACUUCUAUUGAAGCUAAAGGUACAGAGAGUAUAUGAAAGUUUCGUUUCGUACCUAGUUAUAAAAAAAAACUCCGGAAUGGCCAUAUCUGUGGUGCGACCUAGAUAUGAGCUUGUUCAGUUUAAUAUCAAAAAUAUAAGUCAGAUUAUCAUUGACCGAUUAAGAACACUUAUUAUACUUAAUUUAUUUGUUAUUGCCAAAAAUAACAAUUAGCAAAAUUUAGUUUUAUGUUUCGAAAUAUCUGCUUUAUGUUUUCAAGCGAUUUGUUUUUAAUUAGUGUUGUAACUUGUGAGUAGUUCAACCAAAACUGCCAAGUAUAAAUUAGAAACCUCGAAAAGAUUAAUCGAUGGACAGAAGAGAGACAACUAUGCAAUUUUAUAACUGAUAUAUACAUUCCUUUUUGUGAUAAAUAUUUACAUUUUUGAUAUUUACAUGUUGUAAAUAAAUCAUUUAUUUCGAGGCGAUAAACUUGACAUUAUUGAUUUUUCUAGUCAAGUCACGUAUUUUCAUAAAACAACCAAUGAAAUAAAUUGUAGGUAUUAUACAUGUUAUUGUGAAUAUUUUUGGUUUGUUUAAGAAUGCAGAUUACCCCUUGGUUAGGUUAUUUUUAAAUCUAUAAUUUCAAGUUAUCGCUAUAUUAUUAUCAUUCCAAAUAUGUGCAAUUCUAAUUGUGUGAUAUUGUUUUUUAUGCUGUUGUUUAUGCUCAAUUUGUUUUUAGCACAUUGCUUUUGUUUUUUUUUUUUUAUGAUCUGAGCACUGUUAUUUGUUUUAUAGAUUUUAUGCAUUUCUUAGAGAUACUUUUGUUAUUUAAUAUUUUCUUUUUAGACCAGCUUAUAUCAGCUAUUCAAAUGUUUUAUCAGGUCUAUCGGGAAUAUAUCUAUUCUCUAUGUACCUAUCAAUACAAAAUUAAGAAUUGUACUAAAGGAGUACUUAUACUUUUUCAGAAACAACGUUUUGUUGUCAUCUUAUAUUUACUUUCAGAAAUAAAUAAAGGUGUAGUAAAAUGAAUUGAAAUACCUAGUUUUAAUGUUUAUUGAGACAGAAGGUCUGUCUGAAGACAAUAAUUGUGUUAUCUUGCCCCAAGGGCCUAUUGCAUGCAUUUAAGAUGUAUACUUGCGAUGUGUACCAGAAACGUUCAAAAUAAACGUGUUUGAAUGGUUA